AUGGAUGGCCGUAAUGAGGGUGAGACUGUUGCUCACCCCUGCGGACUGUGGGUUUGCCAAGAGGGCGUGGUGAAAGAUUGCAAGGGUCUGUUUUCCGAGCAGCAGCGUGACAGAGGACUCCCUGAUCUACGGGCUGCUCCCAGGGACACACACAUGGAGACGAGCAUCGUGCUACUGUCAGAUCAUCGACUCAGUGAAAAACGCCCGAGACUUGUUAGUCUACCAACACACGGGGAUGUCCCACUGCUGCCGACUGGCACAUUCCAGGCUGCGGGAGUUCGUGCUGAGGGACAGACGGAAAGCUGGUGCAGCCACUGCAAGGGCUCGGUGGGGAAGGACCACAGUAUAUCCGCAGCUCUCCUCUCACCCAUUGUCGACUAUUACAACGACGAGGAGGAGCUAGACGGCGUCAAUGAUGAGGACGAACACAGUACCUGUGGCCGCAACUCGGAUGAAGAUACAGUGGAUGCAAGUGAGACAGAUAUUGCCAAUAAGCAGGAUGAUGAAGACUACCUGGAAGUAAAAGAGCAGAUGUACCAGGAGAAAUUGACAUCUCUCAAAAGACAGCUACAGCAGAUACAGGAAGGCACUUUGCAGGAGUAUCAGAAAAGGAUGAAGAAACUAGAUCAACAAUACAAGGAAAGAAUACAAAAUGCAGUGCUUUUUCUGCAACUGGAGACAGAACAAGUGGAAAGGAAUUAUAUUAAAGAGAAGAAAGCAGCAGUGAAGGAAUUUGAAGAUGAAAAGAUUGAGUUAGAAGAAAAGAAAAAGAUGAUUGAGAAUGAGAGGCUAACAAUGGAACUCACAGGAGUUUCCAUGGAGGUAAAGCCAAUAAUGACUAGGAAACUAAGGAGGAGACCCUAAUGACCCUGUUCCAAUUAUAGACAAAAAACGAAAACCUGCAUCUGCGCAGUUAAAUUACUUGUUAACAGAUAAUAAAAGAUCUGUGAACUCUCAAUAAGCUUAAAUCUCCGCAAAGGCCAUCUCCGUAUUGAUGGGAUGAUGGAGCAGACUUGAUGGGCCAAAUUGCCAAAUUUGUUCCUAUGUUUUAUGGUCUUGGGGGUUACGUUAAGCUUGGUGUGGCCAAAGCAAGUAUUUCGUGGAAUGACCCUUCUGACACUGGACAAUGAGGGGCUAGGUCCCUAUA